AUGGGAGAUAAUCUAAAUUUAACCUUUGAUUCCAGUACCAGCGUUGGCUUUCGUUAUGAGAAUAUGUUGUGUAUUCUCGUCUUACUUGUCACAAUUAUUGGAAUUCCCGGAACCAUUGUUACUAUGAGGUUCUACGGGAAACGAAUCAAAAAGUCAUCUACAUCGACUGCACUGUAUUUAAGUGCUUUAGCUGUGUUUGAUAUGUUGUCACUUCUCUCAAAUAUCCCAGGAAUUGCAUUAGAGAUGUCAAUGUCCAUUCUGGACGAAGAAAAUGCUAUAGCAGCCUAUUUCACACGCAUACCGAAGUAUUGGUCGAAUUUAACACUGCUUUUGGUUGGAAUUGAACGUGUUGUAUCUGUUGUUCUACCCCAUAAAGCGCCAUACAUCUUCACAAGACGUGUAGGCACAGUGAGUGUUAUAGUCAUCAUCGUUAUUGCACCUGUGGUACUCUUGCCUUUGGCAAUAGAACCACCAUUGGUCGCUGUUACAACAAACGGCACCAUUACACAUGUACGAAGGAAGGUUCAAAUGUUACUUGACCCUGAUGUGUACAGAAGUUUAAUUCAAAUAGUUUCCGUUUUGUAUUUUGGAAUUCCGGUUUUCGGCGUCUUUAUAAGUAAUAUUUGCUUGGUGACUUUGCUAUAUGGUAGAUUUAAAUCUAAACGGGCAAGAAAUAUCAGAGAUACAAUGACGUCACAACAGGUAAGGGAGUUACGUACAACAAAACUCAUUAUGCUAGUUACCGUAAUAUUUAUCAUUUGUGUCUUACCGUUGGUGAUUAUUUACCCAGUGAUUUCGAUCAGUGGAGAGCCCAUUCCUAUCCAGACGUUACUGGUUAUCCAUCCAAUGUCUAGCCUUCUGGAGUCUCUGAACUACUCUAUGAAUGUUGUCGUUUAUUUCUUCGGAAGCAGCAACUUUCGAACAGAAACUCGUCAAAUGUUGUCACGAGUAUGUGGUUGCUGCAGGCAUACAACCAGAACCACAACGGUCACGCCAGAAACUAAGACACAGUAA